ACUGCGCGGAUAGGCAUGUAAACUGAGCCGGAUGUGUCUGCUUGCGGCCGCGCAGUUAUCGCGACACGAAGUCUGGGACAGCUCGCUGGUCCCGGCACGUGUUUCCCGAAGGGGUCCGCUGUCCGCCGACUUGGGCAAUCGGCUCACCUCUUCUGGAUCUCCCAGGCCGUGCCACGGAGUCGGGCGCCUUGGGGUGCAGCAAGAGUAGGCCAUGGGGAAGGCCAGGGCCAUCGGGACGCGCACCAAGGCUCCCGGGGCCCCGGCGGGAGCACGGGGCCCCCGGACCAAGCCCAACCCCAACCCGUUCGAAGUGAAAGUCAACAGGCAGAAGUUCCAGGUUCUGGGCAGGAAGAUGCGCCACGACGUGGGGGUGCCCGGGGUGUCGCGCGCGCGGGCCAUCCAGAAGCGUACCCAGACUUUGCUGAAGGAAUACAAGGAGAGGGAUAAGUCCAACGUGUUCAGAGACAGACGCUUGGGGGAGUAUGACAGCACCGUCAGCCCAGAGGAGAAGAUGGCGCGGAGGUUUGCCCUGGAGCAGCAGCGACAACAUGAAAAAAGAAACAUCUACAACCUGAACGAAGACGAAGAAUUAACUCAUUACGGCCAGUCUUUGGCAGACAUUGAAAAGCAUGACAACAUCGUGGACAGCGACAGCGACGCUGAGGACCGGGGAGUCCUGUCCGCGGAGCUGACGGCGGCCCAUUUCGGGGGCGGAGGGCCCCUCCAGAAGACCUCGCAGCAGCCAGGCCCGGACGGCGAGAGGCCCAGGUCCCGCAAAGAGUUGAUUGAGGAGCUCAUCGCAAAGUCGAAACAGGAGAAGCGGGAGAGGCAGGCGCAGCGAGAGGACGCCCUGGAGCUCACAGAGAAGCUGGACCGGGACUGGAGGGAGAUCCAGAGCCUCCUGGCUCGCAAGGCGCCGCGGCCGCAGGACAGGGACCGACAGAGACCCCAGCCUGACGCCUAUGACCUGAUGGUCCGAGAGCUGGGCUUCGAGAUGAAGGCUCAGCCCUCAGACAGGAUGAGAACGGAAGCAGAGCUGGCAAAGGAGGAGCAGGAGCGGCUGGAGCGCCUGGAGGCUGAGAGAGUGCGGAGGAUGCUGGGAAAGGGCGAAGGCGAGGACACGCAGAAGCCCGCGCACACGUCGGCCGACGACUUGAACGAUGGCUUCGUGCUGGACAAGGAUGACCGGCGUCUGCUCUCCUACAAAGACGGAAAGAUGACCAUCCAGGACGAGCGCAGCGGGGAAGCCAGUGACGGAGCGAACACGGAGGAGGAGCAGGAGGAGGAGCAGGAGGAGGAGGAUGAGGAGGAGGAUGCGAGCGAGGAGGACGCAGAGGACAGCGUCGGCUCGGACGGCCACUCCGACCUGGAGAGCGCGGAGGAGAGCGCGGAGGAGAGCGCGCGCCCAGAGCUGGCGCAGCGGCAGACGCCCAAGGCCCGGGCGACAGGCAGUGGUCGGGAAGCACAAGAAGCUGCCAGAGCUGAGCUGCCUUACACGUUUGAAGCGCCUGCGUCCUCCGAGGACCUGAAGUCUCUGCUGUCCGGGAGGUCGGCGGAGGAGCAGCUGCUGGUAGUGGAGAGGAUUCAGAAAUGCCACCACCCCAGCCUCGCUGCGGGAAACAAGGCAAAAUUAGAGAGGCUGUUCGGCUUCCUCUUGGAGUACGUGGGCGAUUUGGCUGCAGACGACCCUCCAGGCCUUGACGUGGUUGAUAAGCUGGUUGUGCAGCUGUACAACCUCUGCCAGAUGUUCCCUGCAUCCGCGAGCGAGUCUGUCAAGUCCGUCCUCCGCGACGCCAUGCACGAGAUGGAGGGGGCCGUCGAGGAGAAGGGCCGGGCCGCGUUUCCGGGGCUGGACGUGCUCGUUUACCUGAAGAUCGCGGGGAUGCUGUUCCCAACCUCGGACUUCCGGCACGCCGUGGUGACGCCCGCCCUGGUGUGCAUGAGCCAGCUGCUCACGAAGUGCCCCGUCCAGUCUCUCCAAGACGCCGUGAAGGGCCUGUUCGUGUGCUGCGUGUUCCUGGACUAUGUGGCUCUGUCUCGGCGCUUCGUGCCCGAGCUGAUUAAUUUUCUUCUUGGGAUUCUGUACAUAGCGACUCCAAACAAGCCAAGCCAAGGUUACACCCUGGUGCACCCUUUCAGACCUCUGGGGAGGAACUCAGAGCUGCUCCUGGUGUCCAGCGAAGAGGACAGGGCCACAUGGCAGAGGAGGAGCCUGUCCCUCCGCUGGGCGAGCAGACGGACAGCCCAGGAGGGGACGGAGGCCAACCACACCAGGCUCUCCUGCCUGGCCGUGUGCCUGGCCCUGGUGAGGCGCUGUGUGGUCCUGUACGGCACACUGCCCGCCUUCCACGACAUCGCACGGCCGCUCGGGGCCCUCCUGACGCAGCACCUGGCUGGCCUCCGUCACCCCGUCGAGCUGCAGGAGCUGUGCCGAAGCGCACUGGCCGACGUGGAGGCCCAGGAGAGGCGCUACCCACCCCUGAUCUGUGAGAAGAGCAAGCCGGUCCCGCUGAAGCUGUUCACCCCCCGGCUGGUCAAAGUGCUCGAGUUCGGCAGGAAGCGGGGAAGCACCAAGGAGGAGCAGGAGCGGCAGAGGCUGGUCCACAAGCACAGGCGCGAGUUCAAGGGCGCCGUGCGGGAGAUCCGCAAGGACAACCAGUUCUUGGCCCGGACACAGCUCUCGGAGAUCAUGCAACGGGAUGCGGAAAGAAAGCGCAAAGUGAAGCAGCUUUUUAACAGCCUGGCUGAGCAGGAAGGUGAAUGGAAGGCUCUGAAGAGGAAAAAGUUCAAAAAAUAAAUUCAAGGAGACACUGUAUAUUGAAAGUCAGGAUGUCGUAACGUCCGUCCGUGUCUUCCCUACACCUCAGCUCCCCUCGCUGCAUCUCUCCUGACGAAAUGGGCGCGGCUCGGUCCGCGGAGCCAUCGCAGGGUCUGGGACUUGAGGGGAUUCUGGCCGAUGUCGUCUUUAGUCAACCAAGGGUAUGCGCCUUCGUGUAUAGAAUGCAGUGUUACUUUACGUUAUAAAUUAUAUUUUCAACUACAAAGUAAACAACUUUGCAAACAGUUUAGAAACUGGAGCAGGAAAAAGUCACCCAUGAUAGCCCAGCGCGGGACUG